CAGAACUUUUGAACUCAGAUGAAACAUCAGUGAGUAAGACACGCUGCAAUGCCUGGUUUCGCAUUAAUUUAAUUUAAUAGCGUACACAACGGGCAGCAUUGACUUGACUUAUUAUCACUGCUCUGCAACUUGAAAUCUUAAACAACAUUAAAGCUGACAUAGUAAAAGAUUUUAAAAAAACAAAAGAAGAAGAAACAGUGUGAGAAGUCAGAAGACCUGAAAAGGUCAAGGUCAUUGUUUAAUGUGUUUUUGAGUUGCUUUUGACAGAGCUUGGUAGUACAUUUUUUUUUUCCCUUUGAAGAAACUUUGGUCCGAUAAAACAAGAAAAACUUGUUUUUCUCUUUUGGUGGUUGUCCAAAGAAGCUGCGAUUCAACACCAAUGGCACAACGUUUACCAGUGCCCAAGUUUGGCUGUUGGGAAAAUGCAGACGUCCCUUACACAGACUACUUUGAGAAGACUGCGAUUAGUAAAAGUGCGAAGACAAUUUCAAAUAAGACCAGUGGAAGUUUAGACAGGUCUUCUAAUAAUUUAUCUACUGCCCAAGCUCCUCCUAUCAAAUCAGGAUCACAAAAGGGGCAAGAGGCAGUAAGGAAAAAGCAUGUGCAUGGCUCAAGUCCAGAGAAUGGUAAUAGACGAAGGCCAUCUGAAUCUCUGCUGCGACAUGACCCUGCAAACCGGAAAGUUGCCAGUGGCUUACCUCUUCACCGUGAUCGCAGUGCAAUCUCCAAUGAUAGCCCUAAAAAGGCUAUACAGCAGAGUGUAGGUUCUGAUUGCAGAAUUGAACACUCACACUUACCUCAAAAUCAUCAAGAAAGGGUUGGAGGAAAAGGCAGUGGAAAAUCUCGUCCCUCGUUGCCAAGAAAGAGUUCAACAGAAGGUAGCAACAACUUCUCUCCCUCAACUCCUGGAAGACCCCGGAUGCGAUCAGUUACUCAAGGCAGUGACAUUCGUAAUCGCAGUGCUGCUGUUCCGAAAUUUGGUGAUUGGGAUGAGUCCAAUCCAGCAUCAGCAGAUGGAUUCACUGAUGCCUUCAACAAAGUGAGAGAAGAGAAGCUGAAUGGAAAUGGAAUGGUAUCAGUUGCUACAACCCCGAAGCAGCACAAGGAGACACCCAUGAGAUGUUGCUUCUUUCCAUGGUGCAAGUAAGAUGUUUCUCUUUCCUGGAUGAACAUAGUGCUUACAAAAGGUAUACACAAAUCAAUAGGACUUGAGUCAUGUGUAUCAUUAUUUCUAUUGCAUAAAAUGUUUCAAAGGAAUAAUUUGUGAUGUCUUCCUGUUUACCAUAUAAUUGAAUUUCAUCUGGUGAUGUUGUAUGAUAGAAAUAUUUAUGAAUUUACUUACAGU